UCCAGCCCCACGAAAUCUGCCUAGCAACAAGUGUCAAGUAUCCCGAAGAACAAAACGCCCGCAUCGUUUUUGUCUGUUCACAAAUUCCUUCUUGCUUCGAUUGGCCAAAUUGAGCCUUGGUGCUCCCUAGUGCACCUUUUCGUCCAACUCCCGCAAAUUCCUCCUCCUCAUCUUUGCUCUCUCGCCGGCGUGUCGCGAGAGAGCGAGCAACAGCGCAACAGAGUGAGGGAGCGAGAGAGUCACGCUUUACAAGGCAUCCACAGAAGAGCUGUCGAGAGGAGGACCUAAAGAGAGAGAGGGGAGGAAAAAAAUCCUUCUCUCCGUACUGCCGCCUCUCUUGGAGCAUCAGGCGAAGAGGAGUGCGGCCUGGCACGUUUCCACGCCGCCUUGCCUGGCCAUUCCUGCGGCGGGAGAGCUGCCCGACGGACGGCCCCUCCAUCGCUGACCACUACUACCACAAGAAGAGCAACAGAAGAAGACCAGCAGAAGCGCAGUCGGGAUGCUUAACAACCUGACUGACACUGAGGAGGGGGACGGGGGAGCGCAAAACCAGGGCGACAGUAACCCCAAGGAGAGCAGCCCCUUCAUCAACAGCAGCGAUGCGGCAGCAGAGAAGAGCCAGCAGUACGACGGCAAGAACAUGGCCCUGUUUGAGGAGGAGAUGGACACCAGCCCCAUGGUGUCGUCUCUGCUCAGCAGCUUGGCCAACUAUUCCAACCUGCCGCAAGGGAGCAAAGAGCACGAGGAGGCCGAGAACAAUGAGGCCGAGUCAUCCCGCAAGAAGCCAGUCAAGGCCCCCCAACUUGGUACCCUGAUGGGCGUGUACCUGCCGUGCAUCCAGAACAUCUUUGGCGUCAUCCUCUUCCUCAGGAUGACCUGGUUGGUCGGCAUUGGCGGUAUCAUUGGAACCUUUGUCAUCGUCUUCAUGUGCUGCACCACCACCAUGCUGACUGCCAUCUCCAUGAGUGCCAUCGCUACCAAUGGAGUGGUGCCAGCUGGAGGUUCAUACUACAUGAUCUCCCGUUCGCUGGGGCCUGAAUUCGGGGGUGCGGUGGGGAUCUGCUUCUACCUGGGGACCACCUAUGCGGGCGCCAUGUACAUCCUGGGGGCCAUCGAGCUGCUCCUGAUCUACAUCGUGCCCAAAGCGGCCAUCUUCCCACUGGAGGGCUUAGAGGGUGCCGAGGCGGAAGCGGCUCUACUCAAUAACAUGCGUGUGUAUGGCACCAUUCUGCUCACAUCCAUGGCCACCGUGGUGUUCGUCGGCGUCAAGUACGUUAACAAGCUAGCCUUGGUCUUCCUCGCCUGCGUCAUUCUCUCCAUCUUGGCCGUCUAUGCUGGCGUCAUCAAGACUGGCGUGGAACCGCCCGACUUUCCUGUUUGUCUGUUGGGCAACCGCACGUUGGUGUGGAAAACGUUCGAUGUUUGCGCCAAGACGGUGGAGACGGCCAACGGAACGAUAACCACCCAGCUGUGGCGCAUGUUCUGCGACUCGUCCCUGCUCAACGCCACCUGCGACAAAUUCUUUGAGGCCAAUAAUGUGACACAGAUCCAGGGAAUCCCUGGAGUCACCAGCGGAAUCUGGACAGAAAACGUGUUCGGAACUUACUACGAGAAGGGCGACUUGAUCGCCCGCCUCAACAUGGAGUCCGUGGAGGAGCCGGACGAGCCACUGACCAACGCCAACCGCUACGUGCUAGCCGACAUCACCAGCUUCUUCACACUGCUGGUUGGCAUUUACUUCCCUUCGGUGACAGGAAUCAUGGCUGGGUCUAACCGUUCCGGUGACCUGCGCGACGCCCAGAAGUCCAUCCCCAUAGGAACCAUUGCUGCUAUCACCACCACCUCCUUCGUUUACAUGUCCAGCGUUAUUCUCUUUGGCGCUUGCAUCGACGGCGUGGUCCUCCGAGACAAGUUUGGGGAAGGGGUGCACGGAAACCUGGUUAUCGGCACGUUGGCGUGGCCAUCGCCAUGGGUCAUCGUAAUUGGCUCCUUUUUCUCCACUUGUGGGGCUGGUCUGCAGAGCCUAACGGGGGCACCGCGUCUCCUACAGGCUAUAGCCAAGGAUGGAAUCGUACCUGCGUUGCGGAUUUUUGGCCACGGGAAGGCAAAUGGGGAGCCCACGUGGUCCUUGCUGCUGACAGCAUUUAUCUGCGAAAGCGGAAUCCUCAUCGCAUCUUUGGACUCAGUAGCUCCCAUCUUGUCCAUGUUUUUCCUCAUGUGCUACAUGUUCGUGAACCUGGCAUGCGCUUUACAAACUCUGUUGCGGACCCCCAACUGGAGACCCCGCUUUAAGUUCUACCACUGGACUCUGUCCUUCUUGGGUAUGAGCUUGUGUCUCACUCUCAUGUUCCUGUGCUCUUGGUACUACGCCAUUGUCGCCAUGGUGAUUGCCGGCUCCAUUUACAAGUAUAUUGAGUUUGCGGGUGCGGAGAAGGAGUGGGGCGACGGAAUUCGAGGUCUGUCCCUGAGCGCCGCACGUUACGCACUCAUGCGUCUGGAGGAAGGACCCCCCCACACGAAGAACUGGAGGCCCCAGUUGCUGGUGCUUGUGAGCACGGAUGCCGAGCAGAAUGUGGAGCAGCCCAGGCUGCUCUCGCUCACCAACCAGCUGAAAGCGGGCAAAGGAUUGACCAUUGUUGGCACGGCGCUGGUGGGCACUUACCUGGACAACUAUGAACACACCCAACGGGCAGAACAGUCACUGCGUAAACUGAUGGAGACGGAGAAGGUAAAGGGCUUCUGCGUAGUGACGGUGUCAUCCAAUCUGCGAGACGCCACCUCCCACCUGCUCCAGGCCAGCGGGCUGGGUGGCCUGAAGCACAAUGCCAUGCUGGUGUCAUGGCCACGCAACUGGAAGCAGGGUGACGAGCAUCAGACCUGGAGGAAUUUUGUCGAGCUAGUGAGAGAAACUACUGCCGCUCAUUUGGCUUUGCUGGUGCCCAAAAACAUUGCGGCCUUCCCGUCAAAUGGCGAGCGUUUUACUGAGGGUCACAUCGACGUGUGGUGGAUUGUCCAUGACGGAGGCAUGCUGAUGCUGCUCCCCUUCCUCCUGCGCCAGCAUAAGGUUUGGAGAAAGUGCAAGAUGCGCAUCUUUACUGUGGCUCAGAUGGACGACAACAGCAUUCAAAUGAAGAAAGACUUGACCACCUUCCUCUAUCAUCUCCGUAUUGAUGCUAUGGUGGAAGUGGUAGAAAUGCACGACAGCGACAUCUCGGCGUACACCUACGAAAAGACCCUGGUAAUGGAACAACGCUCACAGAUGCUAAAGCAGAUCAACCUGACUAAGAAUGAGCGUGAGAGGGAGAUCCAGAGUAUUACCGACUCGUCCCGUGGCUCCAUUCGGCGCAAGAACCCGGGGUCUGUGACCACCCAGCUAAGUGUGGGUGAAGAACCACCAGCUGCUGGCAAGGAGGAGAAACCAGAAGAGGAGUCAAAGUCGACCUCUCCCCCUGUGCCCACCCCCGCGCAGGUGCAGCUCAUCCACGACAACACCACCCCGACCAGCCCUGCCGCCCCGGCCGCGACACCGGCCCCGGCCGAAGCGGCCCAAAGCCCUGGGGAGCAGGUACAGAUGACCUGGACGGAGAAGUGUGAUGGGGAAGCUAGCAAGCCGGCAGGUGCAGCCACACCGUGUGGCAUCAAGGACAUCUUCAACAUGAAGCCUGAAUGGGAGAAUCUGAACCAGUCAAACGUGCGACGCAUGCACACGGCACUGCGACUCAACGAGGCCAUCACCAAGAAGUCCUCAGAGGCCAAGCUGGUCCUGCUCAACAUGCCAGGCCCGCCCAAGAACCGGACGGGCGACGAAAAUUAUAUGGAGUUUCUGGAGGUCCUCACUGAAGGUCUCAACCGCGUCCUCCUGGUGCGUGGAGGCGGACGCGAGGUCAUCACCAUCUACUCCUGAAAAAGCAGACCCCCUGGCCCCCCUCUUCCCUCCAACCUGAUCAUUGCCAACCCCUCCAUAAGCUUCCUUGUUAUGUCUCACCCAAUAACUCCUCACUCAAUGCUGCUUCAUCUUCACGUCGCCCUCACUGUUUAUUGGCGUACCAUGCCCGACUCCGCUUCAGCGCCCCGACGAGCAGAAUUGCGACGGGUUGAGUCGUAGAUUGACACUCGAUCGGCGUUGGCCGUCGGGCGCGUUAAAUGAGUUGCGAGUGCAUGUGAACUUGUCUUUUCCGUUUGAAUCGGUUGUUGUUUGUACAACCAAAACGUGGGGGGGGGCAAAGAUGUUUAAAAACAAGUCCCUGCUUUAGGAUUUUAGACCGCCACUAAGACCACCACCAGCCAGGAAAGAGGUCCUCACGUACGAACUGUGAAAGCCACGUGGGCCGUGUUAGCAUAUGGCGGUUCGCGCCCAACGAAUGUGCCAAAAAAGAGGGGGACAAAUGCGGAAGUUGUUAAUUUCCAAAAAAUUACUCAAACUCUUUUGAGAUUUAAAAAAAAAAAAUGGUGAAAGCAAACAAUUUUUUUGUUUAGAUUAAUGAACGAGUGAAAAAACAAAUUGCCAAAUGGGACAUGGAUCAAAACUAGACAAACUGUGAAUAGCGCGUCAAGAUAAGUAAAUCAUGUCGCAGGGGGAUGACCAUCAUGACCAGCAGCCCUUUGUGUGGAUCCCUGUAAAUAAUGUACAAGCUCUGAAGCCUCGUUGGGUAUGAGUGUAGUAUUUUUUUUUGACAUACUCCAAGAAAACAAGAGAACUAGUCCUUUGCUAUGAGUGAGACUCAAAAAUGUUGGUUUUAAAUUUCUAUUUAUUAAUGGGACGGCAUCCGCGCGUACUGCACCUGCACUGUUCAUGCUAAAGUAGUAUUUUUUUCAUCUAGAGAACAGAAAAUAUUUAUGUUUAUAUUUAUAAUUAUCGAGGUCGUAUGUCAUCACUCGACAUAUCGGUGUCGUUUUCUUUUGCCAAAUUUCUAUAUAUUAAAUGUGCCAUAUGAUUUUACAGAGUCAAAUUCUGCACAACCAGAGAACAAAGUGUGCUAACUUUAAAAAGAAAUAUGUAAAAGAGAUCUAAGUGAAUUUAAAAGCAUGGGAUUGAGAAGUAGAUGACGUAAGAGAGGACAGCGGCUUCUUGUAGCAAGGAAACCCACUUUUGUCCACCAGACAGACUUCUAUGCAGUAGAUUCACCAGUGACAUUUUAUAAACUUAGGAAUAUACAUAUUUAAUAUUCACAUAUACAGGACUUGGCGCAAGUCUCAAAGCCACCAGUAGCUUUGUUGUUUUAACCAGAAGCCUCAAAUAUUUAUCAACAAGGCAAAGUCUUUAUUCCUUUUAGUUAACUUAUUUGCUAUCCAUUACCACCGAUGGCAGCCAAUGAGUUAGCUUUGUCUACAAACUUCUCUACUCACCCCUACCUGUGUAAAUAAUUAGAAGACGUAAAUGCACGUCUUUGGUAGUGAAUGAACAUUUCGGACAGUUCAAAUGUAGGAUUUUUUUUUUUAAUGAUGAUUCAGUUCAAUGUAUCGCACUAAAGUUGUUUGAAAACAAACAGCUCUUAACUCAUUAAUGGUGAUAGUCAAUGGCAGUGAAUGAAUUCAUCAAAGUUUAUGAUUUGAGAAAACUAAUAGUUUAAGACCAACAGGGGCACUUAAGAUUCAGCCCUGUGGAAUGCAUUUGUUGUGCUGAAGUCAUUGGCAGCCAUUGAUAACGCUAGAUGAUUACCAGUGAAUGAGUGCAAGAUUGAAGAACUGUAACUAUAUUGUGCCUGGGUUAAAUACAGGUGAACUCUACUUUUGCCCCAAAUACAAAACGACUUCAAUUUUUUUUUUUUGAUCAAAGUUUGACUAAAACAAUCAAUCUAAUGGUGGCACAAGACUUCCCUACUGUAUGUACACUGGAUUGUGGUAUGAAGUUAUAAAACGUAUUUGGUAUAGAACGUGCAAUAGCUCAAACAGGGACUCGUGUCGUUUAUUUUAUUCCUCUAUUUUGUAUAACGUGUUCUGUAGAGUCAUUGAGUCACUUUAUUCAUUUUGAAGGGGGUCACUUGCACUUGUAGUAGAACUAUAAAUAGAUACUAUACAUAUUUAUACAUAUAUCUAUACAGUAUAUGAGAAUUUAAAAGGAAAUUAGUUUCUAGACCUGUAUUUAAAACAACAUAAAAAAAAAAAGCUUUCUUUUUGGUGUUGCUCGAAUGUCCACGACCAUUUGUGAUGAAUGCUGCUAGUAUCGGUAGAUGUCUUUGUACUGUACAUAUAGACCACCAAAACCACAUCAACACGAGAUGGUCGUUUCAAAAAGGAAUAACGCAAAAAGGGUAGAGACAAUACAUAUCAGUGGUGGCGGUUGACGAAGCAUUAGAACAACUCUACUGAUGCAAUUGAACAAGCUUUGACACUCCUUAAGUUAUCAAUAAAAAUAUCCGUUAAUGGUCAAAAUGUGACUAAUGAGUAAUCUUGGCAAACAAAAACAACUAUUGUUUUUGGAUGGUUUGAGAUUUGCCUGCAUCAACUGAGCCUUCAAAGAAGUCCCAAGAGGAGAAAUACGUGGGGUUUUAUCAUAAUCUAUUUCCGUAAAAAAAAAAAAAUCUCAAUGUUUUAUAAUCGCUGUUUGCAUGGUAUCCUGUGGCGAGAUUUGUUUUUGUGGUUUUUAUAGUGACGAUACGCGCUGAUACGACUAAAAGGGAAAAAGGCUGUCAAAUGUUGGAGAAAGGUUUUUCGCAAAAAUAAAAAUUGAAAAGAAAAAGUUCACUUUAUCGUUACUUGUUCUAUUAUUGCUUGAAGUAGUCUUGUGAAAGAUUUUAUUUUUAGUUGCAAGGCCUUGGGGUGGUCAUUUGUACAUAAUGAAUGAAUCACUGCAGACACUGUAACUUAAUAGUGUUGUAUUUUCUUGUACACUGUUUGAAUCACUGUGGACUCAAGUCUUAGAGUUUUGUAAAAUGAUGUGCAAUAUUAUUCUUUUUUUUUGUUUUUGUUUCGUUUUGAAUAUCCAAUCUUUGAAGAGGUGUCAGCGGUCGCUUUAUUUUUGUCUGAAUUGUAAGUCAGCCGUCCCAAAAACAUAGCGCAAUGCCGCAGUGACCUCUGGUGGCUCCAGAGUGCAGUGCAGAUCUAAACCCCACCGUCCAGCGAAAGGCAUGCUGUCUUUUUUAUCCGAAAUGCAAAGAAUAUCUUUUAGUUAGGUAUGAAAAUAAAAUUCCAUCUGCCAGACCUUAUUUUAUAUCUUCAAAUAAUGAAUAUCUUCCCCCUUUCAAACAGAACAUGUCUUGGUUGCGUAGUGGAUAAAUUCUACUAUAAGCUUCGAUGAGACAUGCCUUUAUAAAAUCAUCUUCGUGUUUCGGGGUUUUAAACAUUUGAACGACAGCAUUGGCUUUUAUUUUGAAAAAUUGACAGUUUUUAAUUUGAAAUUUUCAGUUGUUCUGGCUGAAUGACAAGCAUGGUUUUCCAAAGUUGUCUUUUAAGGUAUUUGGAACAACUUUCCCCCCUCACAUUUAGAUGCAAAUAAUCAAAUAGCUGCUGCUGCAUUUUGGAUCAAAAGCAUACAUUAUGAACAUUUGGUGAUGUAUACCCCUUUUUAUUCGAGAAUACACAUAAUUGCCUUUGCUGUUGUCCAAUGAAAAUGCAAGCAUCCCAAAUUAUGUGUUUUACAUCAGAAAUAUGUUGUGUUCUGGAUAAAACCAAAAUAUUAAGCUUUUUUUUAUUGGACAACCACACCAUUGACCUCCCAUUCAUUCCACAAAACUGCUUGGUUCCAGGCUGUAAGUACUACCUGUUCAUCUCCCCCACUCCCAACCCCCCCCCCACCACCACCACCACCACCACCACCACCACAUUCUCGCAUGCUCUGGCCAAUUUCCUCGCUCUCUUGCCAAAAUAAAAUAAUAUUCUGUAACCUGCUGAGUUUGUUCAUCCAUUAUCUCACGAAGCCCUCCAUUCUACGACCUAUGCCCCCGACCCCUCCUCUCAAGCUGUGUAAUAUAAAUGUGACUGCAGUAUCAUUCUCGAAAUUUGAUCAAAGAAAACAAAACUUGCGCUUCCAAUGCUGGGAGUGGCUCUGCUUAGACAGCGCUUGAACGACAGUCCGUUUCAGAACUAGCACACACAUCGACCCCAACAUGUCCCCAAUUUCACCCAAAGCAACAAACUGUAGCAUGAGACACAAUAAACUGCCGGUCAUUCCUCAAGUUUCCAUCCUUAAUAAAUGGAUGUCAAGGGCUCUGACUAAAAACACGAGUGAGCGGGUAGAGGAGCAAAACUACACAAAUAAUACGAUUGCACCCCAAAUUGUGGCGGGGAAGUCAAUUGAGUGCAUUAAUUAACCCCCCCCCCCCCCCCCCAAAUAAUAGCGGCUGUCUAAGUGCUAUGAGCAGAGCCGCUCUUCAGUCAGUGUAAACGUGUGCAUGCACGUAUGAACAUAAUAUAUUUGCGUGUUUGUGCUAUAAAGUUUUUUUUUUUUUUUUUUUACCUCUUAGCGUCGCACGACUCUAUUUCCCAGCUCCCCUCGCUAUCUUUUAGCACUGGAAGUGUUUCCAAAUGAUGAUUACCAUAGUAAAAGAUUCUAUUUUCAUGUAUCUGGAGAAAAUGACAACCAAAGUAUAUUUAUGUUAACUAUAUAAACAUAUACAUAUAUACAUGGACAUAUUGUGCAGAUAUGUGCUCCAGUGAAUUAGAUGCAAAAAGGAAUCUCACAAGGUUCAAUUGUAGAGCCAUUGCUGGUUUUAAACUAUCAUAUUUGCCUUAUCAAUUUUCUUAAAACAACAAUUUCCUGUCAUUUACAAAAAUGGCAGCCAAUGAGUUAAGCGUAUCAAAGGUGUUCCAAAGACCUGAAUCUUAGACCACAUGCUGAUUUGAUACAAAGUUGUCUUCUUUCAAUAUUUGAAAUCUCUCUUGGCCACCCAUAAUGUACACUUCAAUAUUCCUGACCUUGUUUUUAAUUCACUGGAAUUGAGGGAACAUUUUUUAUGGAUGCUUGAAAACAGUGUAGAUUAUAUACUCUACUGAAAACACACAUCGCAACUACAAGAGAUUUUACAAUUAAGAAUUGGUCAUUGUGCAGUAAAGCUGUAUUGUUCCUUUAGGUUCUGUGGGGUGGAAUGUGUUUUGCACAUGUGCUGGGGUGGGGUGGGGUGGCAAGAGUGUGGGCUACCUGUAAAUAAAUUAAAUACAGUUAGUGUGCAAGUGUUUAUUUUAUGUGUCAGUGUCAGUUAAAUAUUCUAUGGUUUGAAGAUGAAAAAAAAAGAAGAAAACAAGUCAACAUGUAUUCCCGCUAUUGUGUUUCAUGGUACAUUAAAAAAAAAAAAAAAAAAAGUAGUUUUAUCUUGCAUUUCAAAUGCUUCUAUCUCUAUGGCUUCUGGCUAUGAUACCCGUUCUAUUUUAUAGAUUUGUCAGCACAAAAUGCAAUAAACCAAUACCAUUUUAUUACAGCAGUUGUGUGGCGACUUUUUUAAUAAACAUAAAAGGAGUCUAUUAACUGAAACACAUGCUGAGUGAAAACUGCACAAAUGUCUUAAUAGCAACAGAUGGGAUGCAAAUAUUCACAGCCAUGAUUAAAAAAAAAAAAAAAAAAAAAAACUAACAACAA